AAGUUUCAAAGUUAACAUUCAUAAGAGAAAAUUUAGAAUUUUGCAAAACUUGUGCUUUAUACCAACAAAAAACAAAGAUGGCGGCAAAGAAUGUUCCAGAAGUGGUACUAAAUUCAGGAGAAAAGAUGCCAGCCAUAGGAUAUGGAACAGCAACUCCUCCUCCUCCAACAGCUCUGAUUGAUGCUAUUGACAUUGGCUACAGACAUUUUGAUACUGCUUCUUUCUAUAAUACUGAAGAACUUCUAGGCCAAGCUGUGUCAAAAGCUUUAGAGCUAGGCCUCAUUAAAAAUCGCGACGAACUGUUUAUUACUUCCAAGUUAUGGUGUACUGAUGCUCACCAUGACCUUGUUCUCCCAGCUCUCAAAACCACUCUCAAAAAUCUUGGGUUGGAUUAUGUGGAUCUGUAUUUGAUUCAUUGGCCAGUGAGGUUGAAACAAGAUGCUGUAGGCUUUAAAAGUGAGGAUAUGAUUCCUAUCGACAUAAAAGGAGUAUGGGAAGCUAUGGAAGAGUGUCAUAGAUUGGGCUUAGCAAAGUCUAUUGGUGUUAGCAACUUUGGAGCCAAAAAACUCUCCUUACUUUUAGAAAAUGCCAAAAUCACUCCUGCGGUUAAUCAGGUGGAAAUGAGCCCAUCAUGGAAUCAAGGGAAACUCAGAGAAUUCUGCAAGCAUAAAGGAAUUCAUGUGAGUGCAUGGUCACCACUAGGAGCAUACAAAGAUCCUUGGGGUUCCCCUUCAGUGAUGGAUAAUCCAAUUCUGCAUGAAAUUGCUGAGGCUAAAAAGAAAAGUGUAGCCCAGAUAAUUCUAAGAUGGAUAUACCAGCAUGGGGUACCUGCUAUUGUGAAAAGCUUCAAUAAGGAGAGGAUGAAACAAAACAUUGAAAUAUUUGAUUGGGAAUUGAGCCAAGAAGAGUCUGACAAAAUCAAUCAGAUUCCUCAAAUCAGAACCCUAAAAGGAGAAAUGUUUAUAUCAGAAAAUGGACCUUACAAAUCCUUGGAAGAGUUGUGGGAUGGAGAUGUUUAAAUAAUUUAUAGGAUCAUGUGUUAAGCAAUGAUUAUUUCUUGUAUUCAAAUUGUAUCCUUUUCCCCGUUUUUUAGGUUUUAUUCCACUGGAUUUUCCUUGAUAAUGUUUUUUAUAAGACAGUUGGUCAGUUACUUUGAUCUGCAUUAUUAUUGUGAAGUACUUGUUGUUGAUAUUGGAAUUCAUUGUGUUGAAGCAAUAUGUUGCUCGAUAGAACAAGGGUGUGUCGAAAUAAUUUAAGUUUUGUCGAGUUGUAUUAGAUGUCGAAGUGUCGAAGAAUGUUGCUACACACAGGAUUUCGACUUAGACCAAAAUAGGUAUUCUGGACUUUGGCUUAGGGAGAAAGCAACCUAAAACUAUAAAUAGAUGGAGUAACCCAUA